AUGACUUCAUACAUUCCUACCGCCAUAUUCGGAGGUACUGGAGUAGAAACUCUUGUCAAGAAGUUUAAUGACACAAGACAGAAAGGUUCUAACCCAGCUACAGGAGCCGAUCAGUCUCCUUUGGAAACUUUGAUCAAUGAUGUUGUUCGUAGAGCCAAAGAUCGUCUUCUCAGCAAUCAAGGCAACGAACUUCAGAAAGCUGAUUCCUUACAAGAGCUUUUAUUCCUUCACUAUCAAGGAGUUAACAUUGAUUGGGCAGAUUUCCCGAUUUCGGAGAUCAUGAUGUCCGAGAACAUUUCUGUAAAGAUGAUGGCCUACCUCGCCGCGUCCGAAUUUUGGACACCAAACUCAGAUGUCGUAAUGAUGGUUAUUUCCUGCAUCAACAAAGACCUUCUCGGCGCUGAUCCUUUCAGAAAGACACUUGCAUUAACCUUAAUUCCACUUAUUGCUACACCACAGUUCGCAGAAAGCGUUGUUACAAAUGUUACUCUUAAUUUCAACAAUCCACGCGAUGAUAUCAGACAAAAAACCAUUACCUGCUUCUACAAGCUCUGUUUGAAGUUCCCAGAGUGCCUUCCUCCAGGCAUUAAGGCUAUGAAUCUCAAAGGAAUUCUUAUAGACAAAACAAACCCACCAGGUGUCAUCCAAGCCGCUCUUACACUUCUUAACGAGCUUUGCAUGCAUAAUCCUUCGAACUACAAAGUUCUUUUACCAACAAUUGUCACAUUUUUCCAAGAUUACGUCGGAUCACCAUGGAUCCUUGUCAGAGCUUUGAACAUCGUAUCUACAAUUGGUGCAACCCUCGAAAUUACAGCCCUUGAGAAGUUCAACCAGAAGAUAUCUGGAAUGAUCAACGAAGUUCUCAACAGCGCUUCAUCUCCAUCCGUAGUUUUCGAGGUCAUUCGCUUAAUCUGCACAUUACGUAUCAACAAUCGUGAAUUGAUCAGAACAGCUGCAGACAGAGCCCAAUCUUUCAUUGAAAAUGAAGAUCCAAAUCUUCGUUAUCUUGGUUUGAUUUCCAUCACUCGUUUGAUGCAAUUAAAUCAGUCCAUCAUCAAUCUCCAUCGCCAGACACUCAUGAACUGUCUCGAGAGUGAUGACCAGACAUGUGUUUUCAUCGCUGUCGACCUCCUCGAAUCGAUUGUCACUAAAAAGAACAUCGGUGAAAUCGUUCUUAAUUUGGUCGACCAAAUAGAAGCUAGAAAACCAGGUGUUGUUAGAGAUACAUUAGUUUCACGUCUUAUUUCCAUUUGCAGGUAUGGAAAGGAGACAUCAUACGAGAGAUUCACCGAUUACGAAUGGUAUGUCAACAUUUUAUUGACAAUCCACAGUUUUGGAGUUGAAUCGAGUGAAUUAUCCGAAGAAUUGUUGACAAUGGCUUUGAGAGCUAAAUCAACAAGACCAGUAUUAGUUACAGAGAUGAUCGAAUACAUGAAAGAAAUGAAUGUCAGUGAGACACAUUUCAUUGAAAUCGCCGCUUUCAUUUUGGGAGAAUAUUCUGAAGGUGAUGAACAACAAAUUUCAUUUGAUUUGUUACUUGGAGACAAAAUAGAACAAGUUAAACCAUCAGCACAAUCCGCUUGUCUCCAAAACGCAUUCAAGAUCUAUGCGAAAUCAAAUGAAGAUUCAUUACUCCAGAAGAGAUCGAAAUCACUUAAAGAGAAACUUCCGAAAUACACUCAAUCAAGAUACACAGAAGUACAAGAAGGUGCAUCAAUGAUGAGUGCUUUAGUCGAUGUUUUCUCUGCACAACCAAAUGCACAAGCGAUUUCUAGUCUCUAUUCAGCUCCUCUUGCUGCUGUUGAUCCACAAGCUCAAUCUAAAGUUAAGCUUCCAAGUGGAUUAGACUUAACACAGCCAAUUGUUGAUUUGGAUCCACAAGACAACAGUGGAUUUGUUUUAGAUGAUUUGGAGGAAGAUGAUCCAAACGCUCCAAAUAAGAGUUUGUUCUUGUUAAGAUCAGCUGACAAGAAGAAACAAACACAAGCUAAAACAGACAAAGUCGUUGUUUUGACAGGAACAUUGGGUGUUAACUUGGAACCACCGAAACGCCAGAGAAGAUUGAUGCCAAUAUUAGAUGAUCAAUCAAAUUCUUUGUUACCUGUUGAAGGUGAUCAGCCAAAGAAAUCAAAUGCAAAGACAACACAAUCCCCAAUUUCUCAGAUUUCUUUCAACAUAAACGAUCCUUCAACACAACAAUUGCCAGAACUCAAGCCAUAUUCACAAGAUGAAUUAUUGGCAAAACAAUCCAAACAAUUGUUGCAACAAAGAAGAGAAAUUUUGCCAUCAAUCCAAAGCGAUGACGUUUUCAGACAGAUCGGAAAUUCUCAGGGAAUUGCACUUACUAUUACAGAUAUACAGCCAAGAACAAAUGGUAUUGAAAUAUCUGUUCAAGUGUUAAAUACUUCAUCAGCUCCGAUUUCCGCUGUAGAAUUCACUUUGGAUGAUACAAACACACAAUGCUUGAGACAGGAAAUUCUUCCUGGUGACAAAGUCAUGCAUAAAAUCGCUUACAGAACUAAGCCUGUUUUGGAGCCAAAGAUUGUCAAAGUCACUGUUAUUCCAACAGGCGGAAGUGGCGAAAUGUUGCGUGGUAAGUUACGUGUUGUAUCAACAAUGUUCUUACAGAACGCUGAUUCUGAAGAAUUGGAUGUUAUUUUGCCUGAAUGCACAAAGACAGAAAAGUUGGAAUUCGGAGACAAAGUUCCAGUUCAGCAGUUAGUCAGAGGAGUAAGUGAUGCAACAAGAGGAUCAGUCCACAAGAGAGAAAUCGAUGGAAAGAAAGUUGUUGCAAUUGCAAGCAAAGCACAAGGCGACGUAUUUGUUGUUUCAUUGGUUAUCAAAGAAGGAAGCGGAUUUGUUGUUGAAGUUCGCACAAAUGAUGAGAAAUUGACACAAUCUGUCAUUUCUGAACUGAAACUCGCUUUCAAGAAACAAUUAUCUGAUGAACAAUAA